AUGGCUACUUCCUUGGAGCAAAUGCAGGCUGUCAAUAAGAAGAACCUCGAGUGUCCUAUCUGCCUGAGCUUCUUCAAGAAACUCAAUAACCUGACCUGCUCCCAUACCUUCUGCAAGGGCUGUCUUGAGACUCUCCUGGAGUCUCGGGGAAAGCUGUUGUGUCCUACGUGCAGGAAGAAGACUUCGGUUCCUGGUGGAGACGUGGGUAGACUUCAAUCAAACAUAACAGUCAGAUCACUUGUUGAAGAUGUGGAGACCCAGGGCCAGGUCUUUACCAACCGUAAUCAAGAAAACAACUCAUUACAAAGAAAAUGGAACAAAUGUCGAAAACAUCCGAACUACGAUGAAGAAUGUUUUUGUCUCAACUGUAACAAGUUCAUCUGCUGCAAGUGUGGCAUAUUAGAGCAUGCAAAGGAUGCUCACACUAUCCUGGAAGCAGGCGAACAUGAAACUGAGCAAAAGAAUCACUUCGAGAAACUUGCAUCUAAAGCGGAUGAAAAGAUACGCAACGUUGACCAGUAUUUCACUUUCAUCGAUGACCAACGUAAAAGGCUGCCCAACGUACAGGAACAACUCAAUUGCGAAAUAGAUGCGUCUUUUGAGGAAUCAGUUGAGAAAUUGAAGGAAAGAAAGACGGUGUUGAAAAAUGAAAUUGAGAACAAGCUAGGGAAACUUAAGACUUCAUCGGGAGACGUGGCGAAGCGGAUUCGUAAGCAGAUAGACGAGAUUAAGAAGGUUCUGGACUUGGCUAAGAAUAGUCUUAAUUUUCCUCUCCAGACAAUGGCUCUGACCGCACAUAAAGCGAUGUGUCAACAGCUCGAAGAGCUUCUGAACCAGAUUAGGCCAGAUGAAGAGCUGCCCAGAAGAACUGCUGAGGAAGGUGAAAGAAUUGGCUUCAGGAGUCAGGGAUCGGAUGCACUCCAGUUGGGCCAGCUAAGACAAAGAAAGUCUAAAUGGGUUCUGCGCACGGAAGCUCCACUGCCUGCAGGAAAAAGCAUGAGCGGGAUGGUAGAAGUUAUCAACGAUGUGUCUGGUGCUAUCAUCCAUAGCAUCCGCAAAGAUAGUUAUAACCCUUACCCUGCUGUGUGUUAG